AUUCCUGUAUAUGCUUUGCAAAACAUUUCAUUUUAAUAAUAGGAAAGACGCAAAACUAAGUAAAGCAACUGGAUGUUAAAUUUGAGCAAAUUAACAACUCAUGAUAUGAAAAGCUUACUGAAACUAACUGUAAUGCUUUGGAUUCAAAGUUCCCUAUCUGGGAGGAACAAUGUGGCACAUGCGGCACUAUGUAAAGAAGAAUUAUCAGCAGCAAUAAACAAAUUUGGGAUUGAUAUGUAUAUGGAGUUAUCUGCAAGCCAUCCAAAUGAAAAUGUCUUCUUCAGUCCAAUUAGCAUUACAACUGCUUUGUCUAUGUUGAUGCUUGGAGCCAAAGGGAAGACAAAAUCUCAAAUGGAGGAUGUACUCUAUACAACCGGUCUGAAGAAAUGUCUUCACGACACAUACCAAUUUUUUGAUAAAAAUCUUUAUGGAGGCGUAGGAGGACCAAUUCUUGAGUCAGCUAACAAGCUAUAUCCUGAUCAGACUUUAGUUGUAAAUGGGCGUUUUAAAAGAGACAUAGCCAAAUAUUAUAAUGCCACUGUUGAGGGGCUUGAUUACAGAGAUGCAGCUGCAAGCCGUGCAAUCAUAAACGCCUGGGUGUCAAAGCAGACCAACACAAUGAUACCAAGUGUGCUACAUCCAAGUUCAAUUAAUUCAAUUACAGUCAUGGUGCUAAUUAAUGCUAUUUACUUCAAAGGCAACUGGCUCAACAAGUUUGACAUAUCCGAUACAUCUGUUGAGAGUUUCACAACUGAAUCUGGUGGCAAAAUCAAUGUUAACAUGAUGUAUCAAGAAGAUCUGUUUAACCAUUACUACGAUAAUGAUCUCAAAGCACAAUUUCUUGAACUGCCGUAUGUAGUAGGAAAAAAUGAUGGAAGUGUAGACAUUCGCAUGGUUAUUAUUCUCCCAGAUGCCAAAGAUGCUAUUAAUGACCUUCAAAACAAACUCACACACGAAAAACUUGCGAAAGCUUUAG